AUGGAGUCUUCUCCUCCGAGGAGCAACUCGGUUGCUUCUGUGGCAGGCGUGAAGCGUCCAGCGUCUCUACUGCCUGCUUUUGAGCCAUUGAGCUCGUCCCCUUCUCUUCCUCGACCACAGAAGCGUGUAGCACGCGAAGAUGAGCGUGCCAUCUCGACCUAUCCCACUCCCGUCCCGACCUCGUCCACCCACAUCAUGUCGUCUUCGCCUCCUCGGAUGGCCCUACCUAAUUCCUCAUCACGCCGUAACAUUCCCUCCGCCCUCUCCGAACGAAGCCCUCUGUCCGCCGUCCCUACCCUGAUGCUCUCUGAAAGCGGCGAGCCUCUUACAAUGGGAAGAUCCAGUCUUUCUUGCCAAUACCAGCUCGCUGCCAACCGUAUGAUCUCGAGAGUGCACGUGAAGGCUACCUACAAGGCUGCCCCCAACCCUUUCGACCGUGACAGGGUGGAGAUAAUGUGCAUGGGAUGGAAUGGAAUUAAGCUUCACUGCCAGGGCAAGACAUAUGAUCUGGCCAAGGGGAAGACAUUCACGUCAGACAUCAAAGAUGCUGACAUCAUGAUCGAUGUCCACGACUGCCGCGUUCUGGUCCAAUGGCCACGCGGUGACAGGAAGGAAGAUGCGUCUACUGACUCGGAGCAAACAUGGGAGGAGGCUACGCCAACACGAAAGAAGCAAGCUCGCCGGAGUCUUCAAGACAGCCCCAGUGCUGAGCGUCAACGCCUGGCCUCUCCUGUCUCUCCAUCCCCGGCCGCCAAGUCCAUGAUACCCCCUUCGUCGCCUCUGUAUACUCCUACCCGCUCCCGGAAUGCUGUUGUUGUGUACGAGGAUGAAGCCUCUCCAGUUCGCCGCAGUAGCUCUGGUGAGGCGUUGAAUGCAUCUUCAAAUGUUGCGUCCCUUCAGAGCUCGCAGUCCAGUGACCUGAGCGACUUGAGCAAGCCUGAGGACUUAUCAGACCAUGACGAGGAAAAUGACCCCAUCAUUCACUCCUUUGGCCCAUUCGGUGACAACUUGCUGCCGCGCAUGGCUUCGUUUUCUGCCGCCGACUCGCCUCUACGGCCCACGCGCCCUCGAGCUCACUUCCAAGGCCAACCUCUCCAACCCGCUCAGUCCCCGAGACAGCCUUCGAAACCUUUUGAACAACCUGCCGAAGACACAAUGAACAAACCAGUGGCCCUGGAUGAGGCUUCAGAGGUUGUUCAGAACCACGCCGUCAACCAGCUGGCUUUCUCCCGUCUUUCAUCUACCCCUUUCUCCACCAUCCUGGACAAUCUUCCCGUUUCCCUCUGGAAGGCAGAUAGCCAGUCUCGUCACGGGCCCUCAAGAGACGAAAUCAGGGUAAUCUUGGAUUCUACGAAGUGCAUCGGGAAGGUUGCACGUGAAGGCAAGGAUGCUGCUGGCAAGCCACUCGAGGCUGAAUACUAUUACAUCCCCGACUUUGAUGACGAUGAACCACGUCGCGAGGCUGUCGUGAGGGACCUGAGAAAGCCCGGACUUCGAAAUUGUCGGAAACAACAUAAGCAAUAUUUCUGGCGCAAACCGAAAUAA